AUGGCUGCUUCUUCAUCACAACAUACGACAACAAAAGAAGAUGAUUCUAUACAGCAAAGCAAUGACAGUGGAGGUCGUAACCAAGGCUUCACCAGUUGGUUGUGUGAUACUCUCUUUGGCAAACCAGAAACCACACCAUCACCAAUACCACAACCACCAGCACAACAACAACAAUCAUCAUCAUCAGUCUUGACAAGUCCUUUUCGUCCACCAACAGAAGCUGUUUCCAAUCUUCCUCCAUUAACAGAAAGUCCUCCACCAGUACCACCUCCACGUAGAAAUCAUCAUCGUCGUCAACAAAUGGCAUGUACUACUACAAGUCCUUCAUCAUCUGUUCCACCUAUCAUCCAAUCACCCAUGUCAGCUACAUCAACCGCUCCUCGUCCAAAUUCGACUUUAUUUCCUCGAUAUCAACAACAUGUCAAUCGUGUCUCUACGACAAGUACUCUUGUUGACGACACGGAUCCAAACGAUGAUAUCACGAGCACCCGUAUGCAUUAUGGAAGAGCACCUUCUCACACUGCAAGGCGGUAUGCCACCCAGCAUGUGCGCUUGACAAAAGGAAACUUUGUCAUCCAAAGAGAUGUCCCUGAUGAUUUGCAACAGCAUUUGCCACGCAAAGGUGAAGAAUUCACGAGGAUGCGAUACACGGCAGUGACAUGUGAUCCAGAUGAUUUCCCAUACAAAAACUAUACACUCCGGCAACAGCAUUAUGGGAGAGAUACGGAGCUCUUUAUUGUCAUUACAAUGUACAAUGAAGAUGAAAUUCUAUUUGCUCGCACAAUGCACGGGGUUAUGAAAAACAUUGCACAUUUAUGCAAGCAAAAGAGAUGCAAUACAUGGAAUACCGAUGGAUGGAAGAAGGUGGUCGUCGCUAUUGUCGCCGAUGGUCGCAAAGUGAUCAACAAGCGUGUACUCAACAUGCUAGCCGCUAUGGGGAUAUAUCAAUCAGGCGUAGCAAAGAGCGAGGUCGAUGAUAGGCCUGUGACAGCACAUCUCUACGAGUAUACAACACAAAUCUCAUUCGAUGAGAACAUGGUGCGUAAAGGUGCAGACAAAGGCCUUGUACCCGUCCAAAUGUUAUUUUGUCUCAAGGAAAAGAACGCCAAAAAGAUCAAUUCUCAUCGGUGGUUCUUUAAUGCAUUUGGCCCUUUACUCAAGCCCAAUGUUUGCGUUUUGCUCGAUGUUGGUACUCGACCAGGCAAUGUCAGCAUACAUCAACUAUGGAAAACGUUUGAUAUGCAUCCAAAUGUUGGUGGUGCGUGUGGUGAAAUUCGAGCCAUGUUGGGUCCCGGCUGUCAACAUCUAAUCAAUCCACUGGUGGCUGCGCAAAAUUUCGAAUACAAAAUGUCCAACAUUCUUGACAAGCCUAUGGAGAGCGUCUUUGGAUACAUUUCUGUAUUGCCUGGUGCAUUUUCAGCAUAUCGAUAUGCCGCAUUGCAAAAUGAUGUCAAUGGUCGUGGACCACUGGAAAAGUACUUUAAGGGUGAAACAUUGCAUACCGAUGGUGGAUUAUUCGAAGCCAACAUGUAUCUUGCCGAGGAUCGUAUCUUGUGUUUCGAAUUGGUGGCCAAAAAGGGCGAACGAUGGUUACUACAAUAUUGCAACAGUGCCUUUGCAGAAACGGAUGUCCCGGAUGGAUUGCCAGAGUUUAUUUCACAACGACGUCGAUGGCUGAAUGGUAGCUUUUUUGCUGGAGUAUACAGCCUAUGGCACUUUCGAUCCAUGUGGCGUAGUCGACACUCCUUUACUCGCUUGGUGCUGCUUACGAUUGAGACCUUAUACAACAUUAUCAGCUUAAUAUUUAAUUGGAUUGCAUUGGGCAACUUUUACAUCGCAUUCUACUUUAUCACCAAGAGCCUUGCAGAUGAUACGGUGGAUCCUUUUGGGAAUGGAUGGGGUAGCAGAUUAUUCGAUGCUUUUCGAUACAUUUAUUUAUUUGUCAUCGUGGUGGUGUUCAUCUGCUCCAUGGGGAACAGGCCACAAGUCACCAAGUGGCUAUUCAUUGGAUGUUUGACCGUAUUUUCACUUUUGAUGGCAUACAUGCUAUUUGCUUCGGCAUGGCUGAUUUAUAAAGGCAUUGAGCUCGCUAAAGAGGAUAUCGCAUGGACCGACGAUAGUGGCACCAACAUAGUCCUUGCUCUUGAAAAUCCUGGAUUACGAAAUAUGAUUGUCUCUGUUCUUGCUACCUAUGGAUUAUACCUCGUAUCAAGCCUGUUGUAUCGCCAACCUAUUACCAUCAUACUCAGCUUCCUGCCGUACCUGAUUCUGCUACCUGGGUUUACCAACAUCCUCAACAUUUAUGCCUUCUGUAAUACCCAUGACGUCAGUUGGGGAACCAAAGGCGACAAUAGUAUAUCCAAGGAUCUUGGCGUUGUCAAGAAAAAGAAGACAAAGGAUGGGCAAGCUGAUGACGAUUCAUUUGAGGAAGUACUGCCAGCCGAUAUGCUUGAUGCCAACACACAAUAUCAAGAAGCGUUACAAGAUUUGGAGAAGAAACAAGUGGAAAAAGAGCCACCUAAGAAGCAUGGCAAGGAGGAUUAUUAUCGAUCAUUCCGCACCUAUCUUGUGCUUGCAUGGAUUGCAUGUAAUGCUCUAUUGAUCGCACUCGUUACAUCUACACAAUACGAUACCUUAUAUAAGGGCUCGACAGGUACCGCCUACAUGGCCUUUAUCUUGUGGGCUAAUGCAGGGCUUGCCGUUUUUCGAUUUAUGGGAUCGGUCAUGUAUCUUUUGCUUCGGCUAUUCACCUCAUAA